UGUGUGUGUGUGUGUGUGUGUGUGUGUGCUCCGUUGCCGGGGGUGAGGAAUGUGUGACAUCACAGCGUGGCUGUAUAUAAUGCGGCAUGCGGCGUGGGCAGUCAGACCCGUCCUGACGCUGCAGCAGGACAGACUGAACCAAUCAGAGUCCAAUCAUCAAUCAGCUGUUAUUGGAGGGAAACUUUCUGAUCGACGAGCAGCAAAAUCUUUCUGCAGAACUUUUUGGAUUUUUGUUGGAAUAUUUCUCUUCAUCCUUCUGUUACGAUGGCGGCUUCUUCUUCUUCUCUGGUUCCUCUUGUCCUGCUCUUCCUCACUAUCGCCGUGGAGACGAGACCUUCGCCUCAACCAGACGACAAACAGGUGUUACGCUCUCUGUUCGGCGCCCGCCUCUCUUCCCUCAUCUCGGCCCCUCCCACCUCUGAUGACAUCACAGAGGGCUCGGCCGGCCCUCCCUCCCCCUUCCCCCUGGCUGCUGCGAGCCGAUUGGCCGGCCAGCGGGCGGCGGUUCCCCGUUUCUUCCUGGACUUCGUGCAGCGGCAGAGGAUGUCGCGUCGGCGCAGCAGGAAGUCGAUGUUCGGAGGAAGAGGAGGUUGCUUCGGGAUGAAGAUGGACCGCAUCGGCUCCAUCAGCGGCCUGGGAUGUUAGAGACGUUAUCGUGGCAACGGACUGACCCCCGCGUGGACUUCACGUUGGAACUUUACUAACAAACACAGGCGGACACUUCCUGCCGACGACCCCUGACCCCUGGCUCCAAAACAGCCAGCAGACACUGUGUGUGUGUGUGUGUGUCUGUGUGUGUGUGUAUUUGUGUCUGUGUGUGUGUGUGUGUGUGUGUGUGUGUGUGUGUGUGUGUGUGUGUGGACCAGCUGCAGUCUGACUGCAGGAUGUAAUAAAAUAGAAUAAAAG